AUGAAGCUCUUCAAGCUCCUACAUCAUGGACUCUCUUGUGCUCAACCAGCUCUUCCGGCAUAUUUUCCGUCAUCCAGCGUGUCAAUCUCUGCGAUACCCCCGUCCUCUUUCUCCCGACAGACCCGAUCAUUCCUCACGCGACGCAAUGCCACCAAGCGCAAGUCACAGGAUGGUGGCAUGCUCUGGACGAAACGGGGAGACAACCCUAAAAACAUCGAUAAGGAGUACUGGUCAUAUCCGACUGUGACGGCCAAGGACCUGCGAACUCGGCGAGAGCGACCGCGGCAAGUGAAGAUGUUGACGCGCGAAUUUAUUGACGACAGUUUAUAUAACCCGCAUUAUGGCUACUUCUCGAAGCACGCGACUAUUUUCAGUCCUGGCGAGCCAUUCGACUUCAAUAAUAUCGAAGAUGGGCCGACCUUUCAUCGACUGCUUGGACAGCGGUAUACGGAAUUCGAAGAUAAGCUUGAUGAGCUCAAGCCCGAUAUUGCAAGGCAGCUUUGGCACACACCGACAGAACUGUUUCGGCCGUACUACGGCGAGACUAUUGCGCGGUAUCUCGUAUCAAAUUAUAAGCUCACGCUCUAUCCCUACCACGACCUAAUUAUCUAUGAGAUGGGCGCUGGUAAUGGUACAAUGAUGUUGAAUAUUCUGGAUUUCAUUCGUGAUACAGACUACGAAGUGUACCAACGCACUAAAUACAAGAUCAUUGAAAUCUCGCCUGCGCUAGCUAAUAUUCAAUACAAGAAUAUGCUCGACGCCCUCAAUGCCGCCGGUCACCGAGAUCGUAUUGAGAUUGUGAACAAGUCAAUUUUCGACUGGGAUACCUACGUUCACUCACCGUGUUUCUUCUUGGCUCUCGAAGUUUUCGACAACUUUGCCCAUGACUCCAUCCGCUACGAUUCUCGCACCGAACUUCCCCAACAAGGCGGAGUCUUAAUCGACUCCGAUGGCGAAUUCCACGAGUUCUUCAAUAGACAAUUAGAUCCUGUCGCUGCCCGGUUCUUGCGUGUGCGCCAGGCCGCGGCUAGACGUUCAUUCCCUAGCCCACUUGGCCCGCGGGUCCUGCGCGGCCUACGCUCCGUGCCACCUUUUGGGAAGAAUUAUUCUCAGCCCGAAUAUAUUCCCACGCGCCUGAUGCAGUUCUUCGAUGUGCUGAAUCAGUAUUUCCCUGCACACCGUCUUGUGGCUAGUGAUUUCAGCUCUUUGCCAGACGCCGUUCCUGGAUUGAAUGCGCCAGUAGUACAGACUCGGUACAAACGGACCACGGUGCCAGUGACCACUCCAUUUGUUCACCAAGGCUACUUUGAUAUCUUCUUCCCCACAGACUUCCACGUCACGGAAGAUGUUUACCGUGCUGUUACUGGAAAGCUGACCCAAGUCUCCAGUCAUGAGGACUUUGUGGAUCGCUGGGCUUAUAUUGAGGAUACGGAGACUCGCAAUGGGGAGAAUCCACUUCUGUCCUGGUAUAAGAAUGCCAGUAUGUUGAUGACUGUAUAG